AGGCGGAGCCAAAGGAGAUCUUGAGGAGGAAAAAGAACAGGGGUUGCUUGUGAGGGGUGGGGGAAAGGUCUGCUGGAAUAGGAGAGGGGCAACGGGUGGGGUGGUGGGGCUCCCUGCGCGCUUUUUUCCCCUCCCCCUCCGGUCCCCGGGUAGCGCAGGGGUGAGUGAGGGGGGCCGCUGCCUCAUUGGCCACUUCCACCUUCCCCCCCUGGCUCUUUUUGUGGGUCUGUCCCCCUCCCCCCGCAUCGACGUGCUGCUUGCCCCCCUGCGGAGGGGGUGUUGCUGGGCCUGCUGUCCCCCCUGACACCCGGUGAGGGGUGAGAGUGGGUUUGGCCUCAGCUGAAAGCCAAGAUCCUGGACCCCUCCGGUGUUCGAGGCCUGGAGCUGCCGGCUUCUGGGGGGGAGGGAACCCUCCGCCUCCCCCCCCCACUUCCUCGUCUCUGCCCCACAGGCAAUAGAAGGGUUCUAAUGGGAGAACCAUUCUUCUGAAGUAAAGGUUUUGCUGGCUGGCUGCAGCUAUGGAUGAGCAGCAAGCUUUGAAGUCAAUCAUGCAGGAUUUGGCAGUCCUUCAUAAGGCAAGUCGCCCUCCAUUGCCUCUACAAGAAACAGGGAAGGCAAAAUCAUCUUCACCGAAAAAACAGAAUGAUGUCCGAGUCAAAUUUGAACACCGAGGAGAGAAAAGAAUUCUACAGUUUCCUAGACCUGUCAAGCUAGAAGAUAUUGCAUCAAAAGCUAAAGUUGCCUUUGGACAGUCAAUGAAUUUGCAUUACAGCAAUAAUGAGCUGGUGAUCCCAUUAGCUACACAGGAUGACCUGGACAAAGCAGUACAGCUUCUUGAUCGAAGUGUUCAUAUGAAGAGCCUCAAGAUAUUGCUUGUUGCCCAUGGAAACACACAGAGUAAUACUGAGCCUCUGCCAUCGCUGGAAGAUUUGGAUAAUACAGUUUUCAGAAUGACAGAGAAGAAAAAUAGGCUUUCUGUAAUAGGUUAUUAUAGUCGCGACAGAAGCUCUCCCCCUCCAGGAUACAUUCCAGAUGAGCUGCACCAGGUGGCCCGGAAUGGCUCAUUCACCAGUAUAAACAGUGAGGGCGAGUUCAUUCCAGAGAGCAUGGAUCAGAUGCUGGAUCCGUUAUCACUGAGCAGUCCUGAAAACUCUGGCUCAGGAAGCUGCCCUUCGCUUGACAGUCCUUUAGAUGGGGACAGCUACCCCAAGUCUCGGAUGCCAAGAGCCCAGAGCUAUCCAGAUAAUCAUCAAGAGUUUUCUGAUUAUGAUCUUCCUAUAUUUGAGAAGUUUGGCAAAGGUGGAACUUACCCUCGAAGGUAUCAUAUUUCAUACCACCAUCAAGACUACAAUGAUGGCCGUAAAACUUUUCCACGAGCUAGGAGAACCCAAGGAAACAGCUUACGAUCCCCAGUUAGCUUCAGCCCAACUGAUCACUCAUUGAGUACAAGCAGUGGGAGCAGUGUUUUCACUCCAGAAUAUGAAGAUGGGCGGAUGCGAAGAAGAGGAAGUGACAUAGACAAUCCUACUUUGACAGUCAUGGAUAUCAGUCCGCCUAGCCGCUCCCCAAGAGCUCCAACUAAUUGGAGACUAGGUAAACUCCUGGGGCAGGGUGCAUUUGGCAGAGUUUAUCUGUGCUAUGAUGCAGAUACAGGACGUGAGCUAGCUGUUAAGCAAGUUCAGUUUGAUCCUGACAGCCCGGAGACCAGCAAGGAGGUAAAUGCACUUGAAUGUGAGAUUCAGCUUCUGAAAAACCUUCUACAUGAGAGAAUUGUUCAGUAUUAUGGCUGCUUGAGGGACCCUCCCGAAAGAACACUCUCUAUAUUUAUGGAAUACAUGCCUGGGGGCUCAAUUAAGGAUCAGUUGAAGGCAUAUGGCGCACUCACGGAGAAUGUGACUCGGAAAUACACCCGGCAGAUUUUGGAAGGAGUUCAUUAUUUGCACAGUAACAUGAUUGUACAUAGAGAUAUUAAAGGUGCAAAUAUUCUCAGAGACUCUGCAGGGAAUGUUAAGCUGGGUGAUUUUGGUGCCAGCAAGCGGCUUCAAACAAUUUGCUUGUCUGGUACAGGUAUGAAGUCUGCCACAGGAACGCCAUACUGGAUGAGUCCAGAAGUCAUUAGUGGAGAAGGGUAUGGGAGGAAAGCAGAUAUCUGGAGUGUAGGCUGUACUGUGGUAGAAAUGCUCACGGAGAAACCACCUUGGGCAGAGUUUGAAGCAAUGGCUGCCAUCUUUAAAAUUGCCACACAGCCAACCAAUCCCCAGCUGCCACCUCAUGUCUCGGACCACGGUCGGGAUUUUCUGAAGCGAAUAUUUAUUGAGGCCAAAUUGCGACCAUCUGCAGAUGAACUGCUAAGACACACGUUUGCACAUUAUCACUGAUGGCCUGCUUCAACCCAGCUGUCACCUACUGCAUUUAUUUUCUGACUGCACUUUUUUUUACACAAGGUUGAGAAAAGACAAGGGAGAAGUUGUUUCUCUUGAUUCUUUAUUUCAUAUAGAUUGUUAAUCUCUGCAUAUUUACACUGCAGAUUUUGUUCCCCAUUUAGGACUUAAGAUCUUUUGGUUUUGGUAAUGUACUGAUGUGGUUCGCAUAAAGCACUUUAGUACAUAUUCAUUCCUUAUUUAAGGGGGGGAAGGCAAGUUAUUUGGACUGCCAGGAAUUGUGUGUUAAGGUUUUUUUUCCUAGCACUACUGAUUAUCUCAGGAUGCAGGAAAAAUAUACUUGUUGUUAGCAGAUAUAGAAAAGGAAAAUGUGUCCAAUUGUUCUUUGUAAUAUGUAGAUAGAUGCCCUGGGAGGUUUUGGUUGUGUUUCAGCUUUGACAUGAGGCUCAUCCACAGUAUUGGAAACAGGUUUAAAAGCUGCAAACUCAAAUUGCCGACCAAGGUGUAUUCUGGAAAAGAAAUCUGACUAGUGCAUCGCCUGCAACCAAAUGUAUAUUUAUAAUUUUAAAAGAAUAUACAGGAGGGUUCCCUAGCUGAAGUAGUUCAAGAGUCUUUUGAGUCAAGUAGUUCUGAUGUGUGAAUGUUCUGGACCAGGAAUCGUAGAUAAACAGAUCACUGUAGAUCCAUAAACCUUUAGAGUUGAAGAACAAGCUUCACAUACCGUGCCACAAGUUAAUUUACUUAAUCUGCUAAGAUCUGCAAUGGGUUGUGCUGGAUGGGACCCCUGGUGGUCAGGGUGAAGGCUAGUUUCUCUCUUGAUAAUUUUCUGUUCUGCAUCCUUCAUGCUGUCCCAACUGGCCUGUCUGUUGCAUAAAAUACUUAAUGAGACCCAGUCUCUCUUCUUCCUUCCUUCCUUCCUUCCUUCCUUCCUUCCUUCCUUCCUUUAUUAACAUGCUUAUGAUGAAAUUUUAAAGUACUGUACUUGAAUAGGUAUCAGUGUCAAAAUUAAGCCAUUACCAUAUAUGUUGAUGCUAAACAGAAGUCUUUGUCUUAAGUGCAUUUGAUUUAAUAAUCAAAUAGUAUUUGCAGAAUUUGCAUCAUGGUGAGCCUGCAGAAAUUGGCUUUCCAGGUUUUUGAUAUGGAGUAUAGAUGAUCCCUCCUCUUUUUAAGCAAAAAGAGAAAGCAAGCUGAGUAGAAAUAGAUAUGGAGGUUUCCAUGUGCAUUGCAAUGAUAUAAUUAAGUUCCAGCACGCUGACCCUGAUGGAGGCACAAAGAAUGAGGUACCAUUUUUACUGUCCUUUUUCUAAAGUACAUUUUAUACCUUAUCUGACUGUUAGUAAUUAAAAUAAUUUCAGAUUUGACAUUAUUAUCCCAUUCAUAUUUGGACACCUGAAUAUAGUCUUGAAAGGAAAAGAAACCCCUUUAGAAUGUUUUAAUACUUUCUGUCCCUUCAAGAAAUUGGGAAAAGCUCCUGAAAGGAAAAAAUUCUAGUUUCCAGUGCCACAGUGUCUGUUUUCCAGAGGUGAUGUUUCUUAAUGCUGCUAUUAAACGUUUCCUAGGGAAAUUCAGCGCAGCCUGUAUGGAAGCAUCCUUGGCAAACCAAACAUACUGCAGGUGUGCAGAUAUUACAUGGACAGUGCAUAGUCUGUGACACUAUCUUCCAUUAAUAAGCUAAAAAAAGUCUCAACAGCAAUCAGUUCUGGAACAAUGUAAUGCUAUGCAUGUGAUACGUUGCAUGCAUGUAUAUAAUGCUCCCCAUACUUUAGCCACAGGUUAGAAAUAAGAGUUGCAAGCCCUAACUCUUGUUUGCAGUUGUAAGUGGUUAAAGCCAGCAAGGGAAAUUUACGGUUGGGAGCGUGGGCACAAGAGGCUUAGAGGUAAUAUCUGAUCCUUUAGCCAUGGUUAAAGGAUGCAGAGCACUAUGAGAGCACUCAAAGUUUGGGAAUCAAAAGUUGAUUGAACAAAAUUUACUCUAGGUCACACUAAGAGACUCUUGCAGUUUUCUAUGAAAUAUAGUACCUAAUGUAGAAACUAUCAUACUGAGUGGACUUCUAAGAAUAAUAAUUUCUUUAGUUCUUAAAUAAGCAAAUCCUAUUAAUUGUGAAUAAAAAAAGAAAUGGUCAAUUUUUGCUACCAAAAAAGAAAGAGGUCUAAUAGUCUGGGGGUGAUUCCAGUGAUUGACCUUCCUUCAAUACCAUAGGUAUUGAUCCCUCUCUGUGGCCCACUGUCUGUUGUCUUCUCCUACAGACGUAUGCUCAUCUUUCUUAUACACUCUUUCCAGUUCCUCGUAGGAAAAUCCCUAAGGUUCAGAUUUCUAAACUCCCAUCAAACUGUAACUAUGCAAAUUGUGUAAAAACAUGUGAAUCAAGUAAACAUCUACAAAUGUGCAUCGUUUGGUCCAUUAAUGGAAUGUGGGAUGAGGCUAAGAUGGAAGUAUUGACUUCCCAGCCUCCAAAGUGUACCAAACUAUGUUGAGCAUAUUUGUCAAACUUCCUUGCUCUACUCUGUUGUCACUGUUUAUAAUUGUUUAAUAUCUAGCAGACAAUCAUUGCAGCCUGUAAGUGACCUCUUAUAAAGUGUUGCUGCACCAGCUAGACAUGUUGAACUGAAAGUCUUCCUCCAGUGCAGUGAUUUGAGGAGCAUAUUUAAUGAACCUUCCCCUCUCCAGAAAACAGUAACUAGGGUUGCAAUCCUGAACACACUCACUGGAGAAGAAGUACCAUUAAACAAGACGAUAGUUAAUUUUGAGUAAAUACGCAUAGGACUGGGCCAUUGGAUUUCCCCCCCCCCCCAUUCUCAUCAAAGUACAGUGGUGCCUCGCUAGACGAAUUUAAUUUGUUCCACGGGUCUUUUCUUAUAACGAAAAAUUCGUCUAGCGAAUCCCAUAGGAAUGCAUUGAAUUUAUUUUUAUUUUUUUUUGCCCAUAGGAACGCAUUAAUUGAAUUUCAAUGCAUUCCUAUGGGAAAACGCGAUUCGCUAGACGAAUUUUUCAUAAUACGAAUUCGUCUAGCGAGGCAACCUCUGCUCGAAAAAUCCUUUCGUUAAGCGGAAAUUUCGUUAAGCAGGGCAUUCGUUAAGCGAGGCACCACUGUAUCACCUGAUUUUUGGCUGAGUGGUCAUAGAAUUGUAGCGUUGGAAGGGAUUCCAAGGAUCAUCUUCUAGCCCAACCCUCUGCAAUGCAGGGAUCUCAACUAGAUCAUACAUGACAGAUGACCAUCCAAUCUCAGCUCAAAAACCUCCAAGGAAAGAGACUCCACCGCCUCUUAUGGAAGUCAGGUCCACUGUUGAACACUCUUACUGUCAGAAAGUUUUCCUGAUGUUUAGUCAGAAUCUCGUUGCUUGUAACUUGUAGCCAUUGGUUCAAGCCCUAGCCUCUGGAGCAGAGAAAACAAGCUUGCUCCAUCUUCCAUGUGACAGCCCCUUCGAUAUCGUAUCUCCUCCUACUUUUUAACAGCUGACAGAAGUUUCUAGCUCGGGUGCCAUUCAGUAGUGUACACUUUUUAAUAUGAUUCUUUGAAUAUCUGUUUUGAGCUGCAGAAUAUAAAUUUGGUGCUAAAGUCACUGGCUGCCUACCCCUUGCUGUUUAGCUGUGUCAAGAACAGUGUCUCUUGGUGCUCUUUAUUAUUGGAUUGCUAAUCAUUUGGGAUUUGUUGUAUCACCUCUUGCCUUUAGAAUUCUCAGAUGUGUGUAAGCCAUGAUUGAGGAGAGGGUGGAAGAGUGAACUUUUGAAAAAGCACCUAGGAAAAUUACCAAGACUUAAUCUUAAAAUGUGAGGAUGGAAAAAUGUGUUAAAAUCUAGAAUUGAGGCUUGCUUUUAGGAGUCUGGAUCUGCCUUAACCUGUUCAUCUUUAGCUCAGCCACCAUAGUUGUUGUUUUUAGUGUCUGAGGCAGAGUAGUAGUAGUGAUGGUUUCAGUUUUCUUUUCUUCCCCACUGUUCAGGGUGGGUAGCAGUAUAAUCUUAGGAGAAAUCCUUGAGGAAGGAAAUAAAGUCAGCUUUUUUGGCUAUUAGACAAAUGCUUAGGACACCACUCGCUUGUGGAACCUGAAGGAAGAAUGUGAAUCUCUGAAACUCUAAAUUUUGAGCAGUUAAAAGGGGCCUGAAAAUGUUAACAUUACUUUAUAGUGUACAGGUAUGAUGGUACUCAUUGAUUAUGUGAAGGGUAACAUUGUUAUUAGAGUAUUAGUUGUGUAGGUACAACAUAGAGCAAGUAGGACAAUACCUCUUACUGGUCAUUUAGGGGGAAAUAUGUAAACUUUUAGAAUCGUUUGAGCUUCAGGCAUUCAGAGGUCAAAUAAAAUCCAUAUAGAAUUUACUUGUAGUCAGGCUUUUUGGUAAUUUGGAUGGGUGCAGUUCUCUAGGACAAAACAAGUACCGUAGAUGCUACUAGCAGGCUACACAGAUAUGAGUCCUGCUUUUCUAGAGUUCUUUGCAACCUAAAUCUUACUAAACGGGGGUGGGGGGAGCCUUAUGGGUUUUGGUUAUAUUGCUUACUGUCUACAUAUUUUCCCACACCUUUUUUGUUCCUAAACAGAGCAGUUUACAGUAACCCAAAAUCUGUUUUAAAGCUGCUUUAUAAUCUGAAGUAGUAUGCCGUUUCAGCCUCCCACUUCCUUUGUUCUGAAGAACCAGAGCCUUGACAGAGGGCUAGAGAGUUUAAAUUGCAUCUCUGUUUAUUUUGGUCUCUGAAUACCUGUGCUGAAGCAUGCAGUUCAAAAGUUUGCGCUAUUUUAACAAGGUUACUUCUGUUACCAAAAAGUAUGAGAAUGGACUUCAAAAAGAAUGUAUGAAUUGCAGCAUAUGAAUUUUAAACUCUUCUUGAAUUGUUUUAAAGGGAACUAUUUGAAGCUUGGCAGCAUUCAGAUUCUAUAUUAACCCACCAGCUUGCGGUGCACAGCUUGUUUCUCUCAGUUGCAGGUCCAUUUCCUUAUUGUGGCUAGACAAGGGUUUGGGGGAACCUAGUAGAAUAAGGUGCCUGCUUUCUGUGCCUCCCCCCCCCCCAGUACUGCAUUUUGUCUUGACAAUGGCAAUGUAAAAGCGCUGCAGAGAAAUAAUUAUCUCUGGAGAUUUCAUAAAUCUGAACUACUGUAUUUAAUACCAUUUAGAUGACAUUAUUAUUAUUAUUAUUAUUAUUAUUAUUAUUAUUAUUAAUUUUUUAAAUCAUCAACAACCAAACACAGUGAAACCCCCCAGGCGCUGCUACAUUAGGUAAACAUAAACAAUAAAAAACAUAUUUAAAUCAACUAUAUGUACAAUUCUAUAUAUAUAAAGCUCCACACUCCACAAGGUUUAUUUCACUUUUAAAUUUUGAUUACCCCAAAUUGUUCAAACCUACCCAAAUAAUUCAAUAUAUUUUCGUUUGAAGAGACGACAUAAAUACUAUCACAAACACAUGCUUAUAUAGGAGUCCCAGUGGUUCUUGUAACAUUGUUGCUAGUUAUUAUUAAAAACACUUGUGAUUUGCCCCCUAAGCAGCAUGGGGAAUGUAUCAAAGGUGUUUGAUUCUUAAUCCUUAGCAAUUUUGCACAUAAUGUAGUGCAAGUUUUGGAUAUAAGCCCUUUGUCUCACAUGAAUUGGUCACUGAGAUCACUGAACCAAAAAAUGCAGUGAGGAAUUUUAGUGAAUGGCAGCGGCUCUGAUGUUAAGGAGCCCAAAAGGUACCAUUUUGUUUACAAUUAAGACUUUGCCAAAUGGAACAGCAGACUUACAUGAUUACUUUGCGGGUUGCUGUCUCACUGACAAAACUGCUUAGAGCCUUUUAACAACAUCUACAAGAAGUGUACACUUUUAUUUAGAAGAAAAGCACUGAUCUCUCCCGCAUGCACUAGUGACAUUGUCAAUUCAUUAAAUCCCCCUUUCUAGGUGUGUAUUCUAAUUCCUAGAAUUCCAAAGAUGCAGGGAGAAUGAGGCCAUGAAGCCAAUAACCUUGCGUACAACUGCUAUCGUGUAUAGGCUAUUUGCGGAAAAAUUUUAAAUCAUGAAUAUUCUUCAUGUUUCUUAAGGACAAUUAUGAGAAAUUGGUCUGGGAACAGACUGUGAUCAAAUGAUCAUUCUAGGGCGAAAAUAGAAACAACAAAAAGCUGGUGAAAGAACUGUCACAGCAAAAUAAAGAUUCAUCUCUCCAAACAAGUUGCGAAUCUGGCAGCGACAAUGCCUCAUUUGUCAGCCAUGCUAGUUGGCUUUGGUCUGCUGUUUUUAGCAGAAUUUAGAUGGCACACUGAUGGCACAUUUUAGCCAGUCAGAAAUGAGCGUAAUGCAAUAAUGCAUUAGUGUCGUAACUUCUUGUAUUUGGUAUAUCUUGAAAGUUGUCAUCUUUUGGAGAAGAAUUGGAUGAACAAAAAAUUGACAUGGAAUCCAGCCAUUGUCUGUAGAUUUUUGAUACCUAAAGUAAGUUUUUGAAAAUCAGGAAACAACCCUAACAUGAUUUGUUGAAGAUAAAAGAAAAAUGAAGUUUCACCAAAAUCAUGUACGGUCUAUUGGAAGCAAUUUGAAUCUGCAACAUAAGUCCUUACAUUGUAAGUCCUUACAUUUCUAAAGCAUUUUUGUAGUUUGUUGCACUCAUUUUUCAGAUGCACACCCCACAGAAUGAAACUUAACCUGUUUAGUUAUACAAACAACAAAAAUCAAGCAGAGUGCCUUUAUCUGUAUGCCUUAAUUUUGUUUGUUUGUAUAUUAAUUACAAUAGUGGACAAGUGAUGCAGGACCAGCAAGAUCAGUCUUUGAACUGUAGAAAAUGGCAAAUUCCCAGUUGUUAAAAGUUACUUGUUAGUCUGCAGAAAUUUCAGAUUUAACUACCUAGUGUCCACCACCCCCGCCAGCCAAAUUCUAUACAAAUACUCAGAAUACAAACAAUGUUAAGCUUGUUGAACAAAUGCUUAACUCUCGCCACUGGAAAUCAAUAGCACUUAAUUUGGUUUGACAGUGUCCUUUAUUCUUAAGCUAUGUGGGAAGUAGGAAGUUCUACCACCACAUUGUUCUUUUACUCUUGCACUCUGUUCCAGAAUGCAUGGUUAAUGCUAACAGCUGCCCUCUAUAGUCUAUGAUGGUACUUAUUCUGAAGGAAGCUGUUUAAUCUCAGUCAGCAUGGCCACUGGUUAGGGGAUGAUAGGACCUCUGGAAAACCACAGGUUCCCAACCCUUGGCUUAAAGCAUGUGACAGUAUUGUAUAGACAAUUCAGAUGCCGUUUCAAGGAAAACAUUUUCUUUCUAUUGAUACAUAUAAAUUGAAAUAUAUAUAUGUGAGACAAACCUUGCUCCUGCCAUUGUCCAGAUUUAAUGCUGCAUCAAUGAGUCAGUUGCACUAGCAAUCCUUUCAAUCAUCUUUGCAGCAGUGUCUGAUGACUGCUGCAGGUAUUUAAGAGAGCUGGUCAGCAUUCACAAUAUAGUUCCUUUUUUUUCUUUUUUAAAAUAUGUGAUCUUUGGAAUAUAUCAUGCCUAUGCGGGCUGGGGACAGACUUUAUUUGCUUGAAUGUAAGUCCUUGCGGUGGUAUUAAAGUUAGCAAAGGUACCACCACCAGCACACCAGUACUUAAUUGCUGGUUGGUUCCUUUUAUGUAUUAUUGGCAUGUCUGCAUUUGCAAAUCACUGCAAACCAAAGCUUUUCUACUCCUGUACACAGCCCAAAGUGAUAUUUAUCUAGCUUAGAGACUGUUAAUUGUUGUCCAGUUUUUAAGCUUUGCUGGACAUAACAACUUCCAUGUGCAACCCAAGAGGCUGUAUGAGCAGAAAUAUUUUUAAGGGUGCCAAUGAAACUGUGUGAUACAAGAGUUAUGCUUAGUAGCUUCUGUGGAAUUUCAAGGGCUCACUCCUGGGUUUGCAAGGUACAUCAGUCCUUGUGGUGAUGGGGGAGGGCAGCAAAAUGUUCAGGUCCUGAUAACUAACUGCAGGUGCUAGUGAGUGCUUAACUGGGCAAUGCCUGACUCGUGUUCAGUGUUAACGUAAAGGCUUAGCCCUGUUGACGUAGCCAGGAGAUUCUAGUACAGCAGCAAAAUUUGAAAAGUGAUCCAUACCUCAGGGAAAAUGUUACAGGUUUUAAAUGAAAGGUGGAGGUGUAUAUAACAACUGAUCCAAAAUCUGACUUUAUGCAGGAGCUAGGAGAGAGAUCAUUUGGUCAUACUUACAUAAAUUCAUCUGAAACUUUCAGAAAUGAAAGCCAUUGGAAGAAAUGUUCCUACUUAAAAAAGAAAUGUGUGUUUAUGCAUAAUGUUUUGGAAACUGGAAUUGGCUUUUAAAUUGUAGUGCCACAUAUUUAAUCUCUUCUCAGCACAUACGUAAUAAUGCUAAAUGUGUUAGAUUCUACUUUGUAGAUGAUGGAGGCUUAAUCUCUUAAUGGAAAAAAGCAUUCUUAUGCUAUCCAUUGAACUGGCCAGAAUUGGCCUUUAGGCAAACUAUAGAGCAAAUACUAAUGAAAACUUGGAGGGAUCUGUCACAAGAAAAAUCUACGCCUGAAAUGGUGCAGCAUUCACAAGGCAGUGACCACACUGACCUUCACACUGUGUCCUGCAUCUGCAGAAGAGCAGAUUGAUAUGAGAACUUCUAGGAAGAAGCUUGAUAAUGUGGACCUACAUCAUCUGAUAGAAUGGUUUGACAAGCUGCCCAUAGCAGCCUCAAGCCUGAUGAGCCUUUUAUGUGCUGUGCUUGUACGAUUAAAGCAGAAGAAAUGGAAUCUAGAAUGCGUACAGAAGAUGGACAUCAUCGGUGGGUAUGGUGUAUCAGUUAUGGUAGAAUGCUCCAGUGCGGAAGAAUAUCUGUCAGUUGUAAUUAUUCAUGUGGCAUAACCACUCUAUUCUGGAGAUUACAAUUACAGAAAGAAACGGAAACAUUGCGACUACCUCAAAUUUGAACUUUAAAUACAGCAACGAGUUCAUAUGUAAAUACUCUGCCAUGCAAAAAACCUCUCUGUCCACGGAAGUUUGGUCGCUCACUACAAUGCUAGAAGAAUUGAUUGAACCUUAAGCAGUAAAAUUAGGACACAGAUUGGCUUUGAUGGAAUGAAUCUAGGAAUUGUUCUUGUGUCCUCAUUCUCACUGAUAAAGAAGUUCUCUGCUUCACAAGAGGCCAGCUUGCUAAAGAAAAAUAAAAGUGAUUGUGAAUCGCAGGCUGAUUCUUUAACAUUGCUCUGCUUCGCAGUACAUGUGGAUGGCAGCUAUGGAUGCAAAAACCUCCACAGGAAGCAGGACAUUUCCCAAGACACUAUCUCCAGCCAUUUUCAUGGCAGAUUUGUGAGGUCUACAUGCUAAAUCUGAAAGAGUAGGGCUUGGAAACUUGGAAAAGUUCGUUCUUAAAAUAAGGCACCGGCUUUUGAUUAUAUCCUUAAAUGCUGCUGGGUGCAAGUACAAGAUGGUAUCGAGGCUUGCAUGCAAUACAGCUUGCCUAUGCUAUAAAUGUGGCUUGGCACAGAUAGAAUCAUGCAGUGAUUGCUAGGGCAACGGAUGUGGGAUCCAAAGGUGCCUUGCUUAAGCAAAAAAAAAAAAAGUACUUCAAUCUGCAUCAAGCAGGGGGAGAUCAUAUCCUGAACUAUUCCCAAUAACCUUGCCCCACCCCAACAAAAGUUGGCUUUUGGGGGGCUGGUGAGAGCUGCGGCACAGAAAACUGAGCAGACGAUUCUUGCUCUGGGAUGGAAAACUGCUUGUAGUUCUCUGGAUCAAAGCCAUGGUUGGCUGAUCCGAUGAAACUUGACAACAGGUCGUGCAGCAUAAUAAAGUAUCACUAGUUUGUUUAUUUUGCAGAGUGAAUUUUAUGGAGAUUUCAUAAAUACUUGUAAUGAAAUAUGUAUUUCGUGUCAAAAUUUGCCCUUUGCUUAAACUAUGAUCACCACAUAUUAGCACUGGAGUUUUGGAUAGAUUAUGUAUAUCUUCACCUUUCAUUUAAGUACUUCUGUACUCCCCCUCCACCACCACCACCACCACCACCAAAAGUUGUAUUUCUGUGGCUUCAAAGUUUGCAGCUGAAGGGAAGGAGGCGAGUCUUUAGGUCAGUAUAAUAGGCCAAAGUAUUUCUUGUGCCAUAGCAAACCAGAACAUUGCAGAGUUUACGGGAGAAGUAGUCCAUUUUAUUCCAAAUAAUUCAGAACAAUACUUCUCCCUUGGCUAUCUUGGUUCGGUGUAAGUCAGACAUGCAUCCAAGUGAGAUUUCUAAACUGCUGGUUACUGAGAAACUUAGCAUCAAAAGCAUUUUAUUGAAUUAUCUUGUGUAUGCCAACUUUUUCU